AUGGCUAGAGAAGAGAUAGUGAAGAGGUUUCGACGAAGAAAGAAGAUUGUGGAGCCUUACUUGAAGAUUUUGGAUACUCGUUGGGAUUCACAACUUAAAAAAAAUCUUCAUGCUGCUAGCUAUUGGUUAAACCCUGCUUUUCGAUUCAAUGCUGCUGAAUUUGAAAAACAUAAGCAAACCACUUAUGGCCUACUAGAUGUAAUUGAGAAAUAUUCAUAUGAUGAUUCAGAAUUGAAUACUAAGUUGACAAGUGAGAAGAGAAUAUAUUCUAAUGCUGAAGAUGAUUUUGGAAGACAAUCUGCACUGCGUGAACGAAGCACAGUGAUGCCAGACCAAUGGUGGGAAUCUUAUGGAACUGGAGCACCAAAUUUACAAAAGUUAGCCAUUCGUGUUUUAAGUCAAACUUGUAGUUCUUCUGGUUGUGAGCGAAAUUGGAGUAUUUUUGAACACAUCCACACAAAGAAGAGGAAUCGGUUAGAACAUCAAAAGCUUAAUGAUCUUGUUUUCGUUCAUUAUAACUGGAGGCUACAACAAAGGUAUCUUCUAUAA